GGGGCAUGGCGCAAUGCAAGUGUGGCGAGGUUAGCUGUCGGGCUGCCACUGUGUCCGUCACAGUACCUACCUAGCGCGCUGUUGAGGGGUUCCUGUGCUUGAACAUCGGUAGCGGAUCUGCUGCUUGUGGGAUGAAGUGGCGCCCAGGCAUUGCUGCAGGCUGCUUCACUUUGGCCGCUGCAUGCACGCGCACUAUGUGCCGUGUGCUGACUGUCCUUGCCCCCCACUCCAGCCAUGCCCUCCGUGGCACCGCAUGGUGGCAGGGCGUGCGUACUCCCCGCACCCACUCACCAACCAUGCCGUGCCCACCCAUCAUCCUGCCCCUCGUUCCCCAACCCCUGCACCCAACCCCUCACACCCCAACCUCUCACACCAACCUCUUGCACCCUCACCUGCUGCACCAUAAACCCCAACCCCUCCGCCCAGGUGGGGCACUUUUCGGAACACUCAUCAGCACCCAGUCCAUUGCCCGACCCUAAUCACCACCCAGCCAUGCCAAUAUAUCGCCCUGCUUGCAUGCCCCUUGUGCCCUAACCACUUGCACCCUUGUGCCCAACCCCUUGCACCCCAACCCCUUGUACCCACCCUUGCACCGACCCCUUGCACCAUAGUCCCUCACGCCCUAAUCACUUGCGCCCCACCCUCUCCCCUCCCAGGUGGGGCACUUCUCCCGCGAGUGCCCCAACGCGCCUUCGGGCGCCGGGUCGCGCUCAGGCGGGUAUGGCAGCCGAGGGGGCGGAGGGGGGCGCGGCGGCGGCGGGUGCUACAACUGCGGGGAGGAGGGCCACUUCGCGCGCGAGUGCCCCCAGGGCUCCUCAUACGGCCGGUCCUCCAGCUUCGGCGGCGGGUAUGGCGGCGGCGGGGGCGGCUACGGCAGGAGCAGCAGCUAUGGCGGGGCAUAUGGCGGCGGUGGCGGGGGGUACGGCGGCGAUGGGGGGGGCAGCGGUGGUGGGUACGGGGGUGGGGGAGGGAGCUACGGAGGGGGGUAUGGAGGGGAUGGAGGGGGAGGGGCUUCACGAGGGUAUGAUGACAAGGCGGGUGGGGGAAGACGGGGUUAUGGAAGUGGGUGGGACAAUGCGAGCUAGGUAUGGGAUGUGGUGCUUGUUCGCGAGGCCCAGAAUGGCAUGUUGAUUUGGAUUGUGUUGUUCCCGCCGUCACUGCAGCUGCGCUUCUGAGUAUGGCAUCACAACUAACGAGGGGUAUUUGUCAGGAAGGGUCUGUCAUCGUUGUCAAUCCCAUGAGCAUCUCGUGUGAGGUCAUUGAUGUUCUAUGUAAUUCAACGGUUGACAGCGUUUGCUUGUGUGCUUUGAGAUGACUCUGGCUGACUGUCCAGAUGAACAUUGUGGUCUGUCCUAUCAGAAUUAGUAAAGUGAAUGAUGAUAG